UGGUCCAAAUACGAGAAGAUGUGUCUUGAUAACAUUCAUCUUCCUAAUUCCUUAUCACCGAGUUGUCGGCAAUGUCAUCUAUGUAUGACUAUCAAGCAGCAAAUAUUUUGGACGAACUCUCCCUUGCGCAGAUAUAGGAAAAAGGAAAUAAACUCAAUUUUUAGACGUUACUAAUGCAAAUAGACACCGGAUACUCAUUUCCAUGAUAA